CCACACUUUUCCACUGCCCACAUAUACACAGAGUCCUAGCUCAGCCAGCUCCCCCGCUCGUCGCACACUAAGCAGCCAAUCAGCCAUGAGCAAGGAGAAGCACCCCCGCGACUGGAUCCUCCGGCGCUGCUGCGGCUCCAUCGCCGCCUGCAUCCUGACUCUCGCCGUCCUCGUCGGGUUCAUCGUGCUCGUCAUCUACCUCGCCCUGCACCCCUCCAAGCCGUCCUUCUACCUCCAGGAUGUGCAGCUCCGCUCCAUCGACCUCAGCGACCCAGCCCUCUCCCUCGAUCUCCAGGUGACGAUUGCGUCGCGGAACCCGAACGACCGGGUGGGCGUGUACUACAAGACCCUGGACGUGUUCACGACGUACCGCGACGAGCCGGUGACGGUCCCCGUGGCGAUGCCGGCCAUCUACCAGGGGCACAAGGACAUGUCGGUGUGGUCGCCCGUGAUGUCGGGGGAGUCGGUGCCCGUGGCGCAGUAUGUGGCGGACGCCAUGAAGCAGGACAUCGCCGCCGGGUACGUGCUGCUGCACGUCAAGGUGGACGGCCGCGUCAAGUGGAAGGUCGGCAGCUGGGUCUCCGGCGGGUACCACCUCUUCGUCAACUGCCCCGCGCUGCUCGCCACCAGCGGCAACGCCGCCGGAGGCGCCUUCGCCAUGAGCGCCACGGCGGGCGGCGUCCCAGGCGGCGGCAACGGGACCGUCUCGCUCAAGUUCACGCACCCGGCGGACUGCACAGUCGACGUGUGACAAGUGACAACGUACGAGGACGUCGUUCAGUGCACGCGUAGUUUAUCGAGUAAUUCUGUAGCAAUUGUAAUGCUAGCAUCACGUUGUCGAGUCAUCUUGUUUCCCCUUUUUAUCAACCUGUGCAGAAUAAAGCUAUACACUGUCUCGUA